AACAAAUGGAAGACUAAUAAAAAUCAACAAUGCAAAUUACACUUGAGCAAUGUCAAUUAAUAAACAAACUGUAUCAGUGUCGCUGGACUUAAGUAACUUAUAGCUAUCGAAGAUUAAAUAUAAACAUAACAUGGUCGGCAACCACCCGCAUAGCAUUUCGAUAAUACGUCGCAUGUACUUAUAGUAGCUAUUGAUGGUGCGAGUAAAGCAGAAUGCACCCUGACUGGGUGGUACGGUGUUUGCCAGGCCUCAUGCUAUCUUCGGCGACGUGCUGUAGAAUAACACUGUUUACCGAUUAUAUGCAACUGGGUUGGUUGUUGCCUGUUCUGAAAAUAUCAGUUGCUUAUUGGAAGUCAGUUCCGAAGCUUAAAUUUCUCUACGAGCAGGCCCAUCUACAUUGUUUUGCGAGACCGCGCGUGACGGCGAACGAUGACGCACUGGUAGAAUAGCAUCAACCAGCAGUCGUCGUAUUGAAAUUGAUGAACAGUGGAAAUGGUGCAAUUGAUCGAUAUAAUUUUCAGUGUCAUGAAUAGUUUGAAUAGUCACGCUAAUUGCUUCAAGUUGAAAUUUUGUGCUCUGUGCAUUGUCAUGAAACAAACGUAUUGACUGCAAUAAAGAACGUCGGAAGAACAAUUUCAAAUUUCAAGCUAGAUGAACCAGUGAGCAUGUUUCGAACAAAGUUAAGAUCGUCAACUUACGAACACCAUCAGGUGUAAAAUUUUACAAUGUAAAUAGUUUUAGAUUAGAUGACAUGAAAACAAUUUCUUAGGUUAUUUAAAAGAAUUACCUUGUCAUUUAGAAAAUAUUCAUGUGCAUUCGAAUUAUUAUUAUAUGCCCACUAUUAGAAGAAAAAUGGAUGAAUUAAUUGUUAACCUAUAAUAACCAUUGUUAAGUGUUCUCAUUAGGUUGAAAUCUUUUUCUCGCUGUUACCUAGUUUUUAAGCGCUUAAUUGAACGAAUUGAUAUUUCUAUUAUUUUUGCAGAAAGAAUAAUUUAGCUACAGUUCCGUUGCUUGAUGGUACUCACAACGUCUUUUACCCUGACUGUUUUUUUAAGGCAAUCGCAUCCAAAAGUAAGAACACUAAUAUUGGCUGCUAGUAAAUAACCAGUUACAAGAAUUGAUUAUGUUGAAUUAUGUGUUUGAGUUUUUUCCCCAGUUCUGUAAAAUUAUUGGUAGAUGAAAUUUCGUUUCUACAUGUAUUAAAUUAUUGGUAACUAAUUGAUCAGACUACCAGGGUACUAAAAACAGUGAAAUAUGGAUAAUAAGAGAAAUUACGAUCAUGUCAAAGCUUUAGUAAGCAGCAUCCAUGGUUCCUUCCCAAGCACAGUGCUCCCGGGGGACGGGUAUGAUGGCAUUGCUCCCCAGCUUUCUUUUCCGAUGGUGCCGACCAAUGAGCGCCCCACACCUGCUACUGAACUCUCAAGUGAAUGUGAUAAUAAUUCAUCGAAUGGAGUUCCACUACGGCUCAGGAUACCGUCUUUGCUGGUAACAAACUCGCUCUCACCCUGCCACCUGACCAGUAACCCACCGGCAACUAGCGAAAGUGAUCAUUCCCUGAGGCGAUUCAGUUUUGGCCUCAUUAGACGUCACUCCAAUACGGCAUUGAAUCGAUGCGAUUCAAUGGGAUCCCUGAGCCAUCGUGCAUUAUUGCAGUACUUAGAAGCGGAUGAUCUUGUUGGACUUAAAACGUUCCUUGGCACUCGACAGUUGCAAGUUGAUGACCGCGAUGAAAAUGGAACUACCGUGUUGAUGAUAGCCAGUGGCCGGGGUGCUACAAGUUUCGCGAAGGAGCUAAUCGCACGUGGUGCUGAAGUGCAGGCACAGGACUUGGAUAGUUGGUCAGCAUUGCAGUUCGCAGCAAAGGCAGGACACGUGGAUAUAGUGGAGCUUUUGUUAGAUAAUGGGGCAGAAAUUGAACAUCGCGACAUGGGUGGCUGGACCGCUCUUAUGUGGGGAUCCUACAAGGGACACACAGCCGUGGUAUCAUUGUUAUUGCAGAGAGGAGCUGAUGUUCAAGUUCAUGGCAACUAUCAUUUGAAUCCUUUACUCUGGGCUUCCGGACGUGGUCACACCGAGAUCGUUAAACUGUUGAUAAAUAGUGGAGGAGCAAAACCGAAUGUAGGCGACAAGUAUGGAACGACUCCUCUGGUUUGGGCUUGUCGAAAAGGAAAUGCGGAAAUUGUAGAUGUUUUGUUGAAGGCAGGAGCCAAUGUUGAUACAGCAGGCAUGUACUCGUGGACACCACUCUUGGUUGCCGUAAGUGGGGGUUACCAGGAGUGUGUUUCGCUUCUGUUGGAACGCAAGCCAAAUGUGAACGCCUUGGACAAGGAUGGUAUGACUGCACUGUCCAUAGCCUGUCGCGAGGGACUCACGGAAGUUGCAUCCGCUUUGAUAUCUGCUGGAGCUUAUGUGAAUGUACAGGAUCGCGCAGGCGAUACGCCGCUCAUUAAUGCUGUUAAAGGAGGUUACCGCAGUGUAGUAGAAAUUCUGUUAAAACGUCACGUUGACGUAGAUAUACAGGGAAAAGAUAGAAAAACUGCCUUAUACACCGCUGUCGAGAAGGGCCACACAACACUCGUAAAACUUAUCUUACACUCCAACCCGGACUUGGAGCUAUCAACUAAAGAUGGAGACACACCGCUUCUACGAGCGGUACGGAACAGAUAUUUAGAAAUGGUACAAAUGUUACUGGAAAGAAAGGCUAAAGUCGGUGCUUGCGAUAAACGAGGCGAUACUGCGUUACACGUAGCAAUGAGAGCGCGUUCUAAAGCUAUUGUCGAAGCUCUGUUGAGCAAUCCUAAGUACAGUCAAUUACUGUAUCGUUCGAAUAAAGCAGGUGAGACGCCGUACGGUAUUGAUGCAAUGCAUCAGAAAACGAUUCUUGGGCAGGUGUUUGGCGCAAGACGAUUGAACGCAAAUGAAGAUUCAGAGGGAAUGCUAGGAUACGGGUUAUAUUCGUCGGCUCUAGCGGAUGUACUUAGUGAACCUACCCUCACAAUGCCGAUUACUGUAGGUUUAUACGCGAAAUGGGGCAGUGGUAAAAGUUUUUUGUUGGCAAAAUUGCGAGAGGAAAUGAGAAGCUUUGCUCAACAAUGGUCCGAACCACCCAUAAGAGCACCAUUUUUAUUCUUUCUGAUUUGUCUGCAUGUGACAAUUGUUAUUGGUACCAUUGUCGGUCUGGCUACCUGGUGCUACACUUGGGGUAUUGUGACUGGAGUUUCACUAUUAUUUCUAGUGUAUUUUAUCAACUAUCUCCUGAAGUUCCUGGAUAGACGGUAUGAUCUAGAAUGGAUAUAUUCGUUGAAUUAUGGACUUUCGCGGAAGCUUGGAAGACUACGUUUGAUUCUACAAGUUGCAUUCUGUCACCCGCCUGGUCCACAGAAUGACUCCCAACCAAUGCCGGUGCGAUUUCAUUUUGCUGAAGCCAGUGGCGCUGCACCGAAUGGAGAUGUAGCAAUAGCACUGAUGUUAGCUUCCCUGUUCGAUGCUAUCGAGGCUCAUUAUGGAUCUUUGGCGACGGGAAUUUAUCGUGCUUUUCGACCAAAACCGUUAAAAUCGACUGGUGGCUGGAGGUGGCGCCGCAUGUGCUGUGUUCCUGUAGUGUUAUUAUUCGAACUGGGCGUUUUGGGUAUGAUUACUACAGCAUCGCUUUCAAUAGUCUAUUCGGAAUACGCAGCAGACGGACGAGACGAAAUAGCAGUAGCUAUUUAUAUUCUGAUCGGUUUUCUCCUGGCUGGAACGAUCGCUAAUUUGCAUGCAUGGUCUAAGCUGGUUGGAGCACUAUUCAUGUCACAAGGGAAACAUCUAAAACGAGCAUUCAAUUGCAAUGAGGCUGCUUCACUAACGGCAUUAGGAGCGGAAGUCAGUCUCAUGACUGACAUGGUCCGAUGCUUAGAUGCGUUCACUAAUCAACAGAGUCGACUGGUCGGAGUCGUUGACGCCCUAGAUUCUUGCGAUACUGAACGUACUCUAACUAUUUUGAAUGCAGUUCAAACUCUUCUAUCAGGACCGCAACGCCCAUUUGUUUUGUUAUUGGCCGUUGAUCCGCAUGUGGUUGCAAAAGCUGCAGAAGCUAAUAGUAAACGCUUGUUUACUGAAGGUGGAAUUGGAGGGCAUGAUUUCCUGCGAAACUUGGUACAUCUCCCAGUAUAUUUGCAAAAUUCGGGGCUACGAAAAGUACAACGAGCUCAAAGUACUGCACUGGCAACCUAUCGCAGGAUAAUACCGGAUUCCAGCAGAGAUGACGAUACACACUUAGGACAUUCUGCUUCAGCACGGAGACUGUCGAAUGCAUCGGAAAUCAUGUCCAGUCAAGAAAAACUUAGAGGAAUGUCGGGUCCAUCGAGAACAGGAAGUAAAAAGAUGAGAGUUUCGGAAUCAAUUGCUAGUUCCAUUGGAUCAAACUUACACAAACUGGGCCAAAAUCAUCCUGUCGACUUGUCAAAGAUCAUUCUUACUGACGACUACUUCAGUGACGUGAAUCCACGUAGCAUGAGGCGAUUGAUGAAUGUUAUUUACAUUACGGUGCGAUUGUUAAAAGCGUUUCAAAUCGAUUUUAGUUGGUAUCGUUUAAGUUCCUGGAUAAACCUGACAGAGCAAUGGCCUCUACGUGCAAGUAUGAUCGUUUUAGAACAUGAUCAAGCAUCUGAUAGUUUCGAUGAUUCAACGUCACUGCAAUCAGUUUAUGAUAAGGUCCGGCCAAAAAUCGCCUGUCUCCGAGAGGCUGCUAACUUACUCGAUCUUGACCGCGACGAACGUAAAUUAGAUGCUUUCUUACAGCUUCAUAAAUCGGAUCUCCUAGUAUCGGAUUUGCGUAUAUUCUUGCCAUUUACAAUCAACCUUGAUCCGUACCUAAGAAAAGUUCUGAAAGAAGACCAGCAAGCACUGGAAGAUGAAGGCAUACUAAUGCCUGCUAAAAACUCAAUCCCAUCAAUGAAACUACACAAUGGGUUCGCUUCCACGAGACAUUUACAUCAGAAUAUCAUGCACCCCGCCGCCCAACAUGCUAACGCCCUUCCCAAUUGGGGAGGAUUUUACAAUACACCGCCGACUAUGGCUAUGAUGAACUAUUACAAUCAUAACCUAGCCAGCCUUCUGCAGCCUCCAGAUACCGGUAGUCUUAAAAAACCAAAUUCCACUAGCAUACUAAUCGAACAUGCAAAUGAUAAUCAUUCCAAUGGCCUAUCAUCCUUAACUGGAAGCUUCAAAAAUACAACUAAGAAUCCCUCUACGGUUGGUUCACCACCAAUCGAUUUUGACGUGUCUAAUCUUCAACUUGCCAAACUAUCCGUAGAGGAUCUAAUAGACUUAAUCGGUAAAAUUAAUGAUCUUAGGCCGGCUCUGGAAAAGCUGUCUCCUAUAUUGCGCGAAAACGCUAUUUCGGGGCGAGUGUUGUCUUUAUGCAGUUUAGACGAACUCAAAUCAGUGCUUGGUCUGAGCUUUGGACAUUGGGAAAUUUUUAAAAUGGUUAUUACUUCUCUAAGAGAAAAUAAAGCCUCGAGGAAAACGUCGAAGACGACAACCUUUGCAAAUGGUUCGGCUGAUACCAUGGAAAUGGCGGACAACAUUGCCAAUUCAAGCCAGCCGUCUACAUCCUCUUCUGUAUUCCAGCCUAUCAGACAAAAGCCUCAGAACGUUAUGGAAAAACAGCUUACCAAGAUUCACGAUUAUGAAUAUUUACAGGUCACACUUGAAGAACAAAUGAUUUGCGGUGCUCUACAAACCCUCAACGAGGAUGCAUUCGAAGACGUCGUCGGGAGCGAACGACCUAGUCCCAGUGGUGAGAUGUUUUCUCAGUAUCUAGCACCAAUCCGAGAGAGCUCAGAGAUUGGUUCACCGCCGAGGCUAAGCUAUAACUUCACUAACCCCAAUUUACUUGAUCACGCAUCCAACGCUACUGGCGAAGAUUCAUUCCAACAUCGCUCCCAACUUAGGUCACAUAGCCUGCACGACGAGUCUCUUUCCAGUGUUGUAAUUAUGCCACACUACCCAUCCCACGUCGAUGAUACCAAACUGUAGCCAAAUUUUCCUGUUUUUUUUUAAUUUAGUGAAAAUAGUUUAUGACGACGCCGUGCGUUUCUUUCGAUCGACGUUUUUGUAGCGAGUUUUCUAGUAGAUCUAGAUCAUUUGUUGAAAAUUGUCAUUCCAAUACGUACUUAAAAUGCGAUUAUAAAGCCAAUGAAAAUCACAACAUAAAAGACAUCGUUUGGGAAUGAAAAACGUUUUGCAAUAAUGUUUAAUGAUUUUCACGCCCUUUGUGUUAGGCUAAUCCUAUUCAUCCAAAUGUCAUUACCGUAGAGGAUUUCUUUUUCAAUUAAAAUCGACCGCAUUGAGUGAUAACGUGGUGUACAUCUAAUCAAACAGAAUAUAUGAAUACGAUGCAACCGA